AUGUUUUCGUCUGUCAGAGAACAAAGUUUACAGGCACUUCACCUCCCAAGAUAUUUUGAAAUGUUACAUGAUGAAGAAAACCAAGCAUUUGAAAACGAAAUGUAUCAUAGGUUGUGUAAAUGCACUGCUCAUUUACAAUUAUUAUUUAAGGUAAGAGAUGCAAUCGAAGAAACGUUUUGCCUUGUUAUUUUGGCACAAACUUUGUCUUCUUUAUUGAUACUUGGAUCAUGCUUAUAUAAUGCAACAAUGGUACCUUUAACCUCGAUUGAAUUUUUCGUUCAGAUGAUGUUUUUUGUGUGCGUUUUAGUACAAUUUUCGUUAUUAUGUUGGUAUGGAAGCGAAGUUACCAGUGCGAGUGAAUUGAUAAGAGUAUCAAUAUACGAGUGUAAUUGGCUAAGUAGCAGCAGACGCUUUAAAACAUGCUUGAUUAUAAAUUUAAUGAGAACGCAGAAACCUGUUUACCUUACGAUUGGAAAAUUUUCUCAACUAACUCUCGAUACUCUCGUUGCGCAACUGGAGCACGAUGUUUAUGGUUUACAAAAAGAAAUAUGGCGCCUUGUAGGAGGUCAAAGAGCAAGGGUGAAGGAAUUAAUAGACUCAAAACACAUUAAAAAGGAUGCAUGGAUAGACUAUCUAAAGAAGUUAUAUACAGAAGAACAACAUUUGGCGUUUGAGCCAGAAACACCAGAAAUUACUAUAAACGAAGAAGUUGACAUGAGCAAUCAUGAGUAG